AUGCGUGGGCAACCGUGCUUUCAGUGCUAUGCCCGGAGGAUGACAGAGGAUGACAGAGUUUACUUCUUCGAGGCGGUGGCCCUUCCAUUCGGAGGGAUCAGCGCCCUGACAGAGUUUAAUCGUGCCGCAAGGCCGCCGAACGAUUCAUGGCUCUCCUUGGAUGGGAGAUUGCGCGGGGCGUUCAACAUCCUCGGUGUGACCGUGUCGUUUGAUCGCUCCAUGCAAGGUGUGAUUGAGGUUUCUAACAAGCAGGAACGGCUGCCUGAUCUUUGGAAGCUUCUUCUUCAGAUGGAGUCGGACCCAGGGUUCAGACUUGACACACUCGCAUCCUUCAAAGGUUGGAUGCUUUUCGCAACGAGCCAUGUCUUCGGCAGGUGUGCUCAGAUCUGUACCCAGCUCAUUGGCCAGGCGUUGAAGGCUGCUAGACCCGAAGAAGCCCGGGAUCAUGUGCUGAGGGCGGCAAGGCCAGCCCUGGAGGUUCUCAGCGAGGCAGGUCCUCGUGAGGUCCUUAGGUGGGGCGAGGCCCCACCCAUCCUGGUCUUCACUGACGGUGCUUGUGAAAAGGACGGCGCUCUUACGACCCACGGGGCAGUCCUUUUGGAUCCUGCUACAGGCGUCCAAGAGUUCUUUGCGGAGCGUGUGCCAGAUCAUCUUGUGCAGCGAUGGAGAGGUCAAGGUCUUAAGCAGCUUGUUUUCUUCGCAGAGUUGCUGCCGGUAGUGGUGGCCAAAGCUACGUGGCAACAUAUCCUUAAGAACCGCUUGUGCAUUUUCUUUCUGGAUAAC